GUAGUGGAAGACUAUAAAGCCCCACCAAUCGGUUGCGCUGCCAACAGUUCGCGCGCUUCUCGAAACGAUGAUGUAGUGCGUGAAAACGUCCGAAAAGUCGAUCCGAAUUAUCGGAAAAAAUCGGGAAUUUCUUCGACGGGGGAGAUUCUAUCGCACAACCGUGAACCGAGUCCGCAAAAGAAACAGAGAGAGAGAGAGAGUGUCUUACCGGAAUAUUUAUAUUCCCCGCGCUCUUGAAAUAUAUUUCUUUACUGCAUACGACCUCUAUAAAAAGUGAAUCUCUAUAUCUUGUGGAUUAUUAAUUUAUUUUUGUGCGCGACUACAUCGAUUUGUCGUGAUUCUUUACAUUGCUCUCCACGCGGAAAGGAUCAACAGAUACAACGACGAUGACGGUCAUGGUUGAAUCCACGAAAGUCGAGGAGGGCAACGGUCCCGCGAAGAUCGAGACCUUCGACGAUAUCCUACCGUACGUCGGCGAGGCGAGCAGAUACCAGUGGUUCCUGUUCAUCCUGCUCCUACCGUUCACCUUCGUUUACGCUUUUUUGUACUUCGCGCAAUUCUUCCUCACCCUCGUGCCCGCCGAGCACUGGUGCACCAUACCGGAGUUGGAUAAUUACAAUUUCACGGAUCUCGAAAAGAUCGCGAUAGGGAUACCCGCGGCCACCGACGAGGAGCUGCGGCUGGAGAGCGCGACGUCGUUCUCGAGAUGCUACAUGUACGACGUGAAUUACACCGAGCUGCUCGAGCAAGGUGUCAGACAGGCGAAUCCGUCGUGGCCGAUAAUACGAUGCAAGCAGGGAUGGACCUUCAACCACACGAUGAUACCGUACGCCUCGAUCGCCGCCGAGCUCGAAUGGGUCUGCGACAAGACUUUCCUCGGUUCCGCGGCACAGUCAGCCUUCUUCGUCGGCAGCAUCAUCGGCGGCCUGAUUUUCGGCUACAUAGCUGAUCACCAUGGUAGAAUUCCGGCGUUGGUGUCCUGCAACGCGGUUGGCUUCUUCGCUUCCAUCGCCACGGCCUUCUGCAAUAGUUUUUGGUCCUUCUGCUUCGCAAGACUGAUCGUCGGUGCGUCGUUCGACAACUGCUUCAACGUACUCUUCAUUAUCGUAAUCGAGUACGUCGGCCCGAAGUACCGAACCCUGGUGGCGAACAUGUCCUUCGGGAUUUACUUUGCCGCCGCCGCUGGUCUUCUGCCGUGGAUCGCAUAUUGGAUUGCGGACUGGAGAAUUUUAAGCGUCGUCACCGCAUUCCCGAUGAUCGUCGCUUUCCUCGGCCCGUGGCUCGUCCCGGAAAGUGCACGAUGGUAUAUCAUGAGCGGCAAUGUUGACAAGGCGAUCGGCAUGCUGAAGAAAUUCGCGAAGGUCAACGGCAAGGAAGUGAAGCAGGAGGUGUUUGAGGAAUUCGAGAAGAGCUGCAGAUCCAUAAUCGAGAAGGAUAAGUCGCACAAUCAGUACACGGUUCUGCAUCUCUUCAAGCUGCCCCGACUGGCUCGCAUCACCGUCAUGCUUGUUAUUUACUGGCUGUUGAUCAUCCUGGUGUUCGACGGACACGUUUGGAACAUGAAGCUGCUGGAUCCCGAUGUGUUCACGUCGUUCUCCUUAGCCGCGAUGACCGAGCUUCCGGCGGCGAUUCUGCUGGCACUCUUCCUUGAUAGAUGGGGCCGACGAUGGAUGGGCUUCGCUUCCAUGUUCAUAUGCGGCAUUUUCUCCUUCAUCGCCAUCGGCACUCCCCCCGGUGCACUAACCGUCACCAUGGCGAUUUUGGCGCGCCUCGGUGUCAAUAUCGCCGCGAAUAUCGGUUUCCAAUACGCGGCCGAGAUGUUGCCGACCGUAGUGCGGGCGCAAGGUGUGUCUCUGAUUCACAUUAUUGGCUACAUCGCUCACAUCGUCGGACCCUACGUAAUAUAUCUGGCCGAUGUCAAUCAGCACUUGCCGUUGAUAACUCUUGGGCUCCUGUCGUUCGUCGACGCGUUCCUAACGUUAGCGCUACCGGAAACCUUGGACCAGGAUUUGCCCGAAACUCUACAGGAGGGUAACGACUUCGGCACGGAUCAGAGCUUUUGGUGGAUUCCCUGCAUAUCCUCGACUCCGCAAUUGAAAAAAUCGUUGAGGAAGAAGAUGAAGAAGGAGGGAAUGACGAACGCGGCUUUCCAUCACGGCAGUAUUCAAACUAUCGACUGUACGAGAUUAUAACGGCCGUCCACACGGUAAUUUGCCAAAUCUUUUUGUUGUAAAUACUCGCGGCCGGAUCGCCCGCGUGUGUGAUCUUAGGUGUUAAACUGAGUGACACGAUGGACACGUCAAGUGCGGUAACGCGCGAUGGUGAAGUACGUGGAACACAAAUAUGAAGUAGGAAGAUGCGGGAGAUUCAAUUCGACGAGAUGCACGCUCAGAUGGACACGAACGCGAAUGUGAAUGCGCAACGUCGAAGUCGAUGCGACUGUCUCGAGAGAGAGUGCCAGAUUACCUUUCCGAAUCGUUUCCUCGCGGCGGGACCUCGACUUUCGGCUCGCCGCUCUUCCCCAGGAUGCAGCUGAUGUGUGUACAAAGCUAUUCGACUAAGCGUAUAGACUGCGUUUUAGCGAGACUGGAUGAGUGCUGAGUGAAGCUGAUGUCUCCGUGUCGUUCGCGAGAUACUACAAGGAUCGAAAUCGGUAUGGUAUUUUACGAAUCCAAUUUUUUUACGUCGCACAGAAAAAAAGCCCGAGAUGUGCCAAAUGUCGCGUUUCAUUUACACACGAAUAGCCGUAAACGUAAAGAUCACUGUAGAUAUUCACGUUCACUGCAAACUCAGCGGAAAUACUCCGAUUUAAAAUAUCUAUUACAAAGAGACGUCCGUCCCCUUCGCCCACUUUCCUUGCCUCCCCGAAGAACGACGUCUCUAAGCCGCGGUACAUAAAAGACAACUUAUUUUCCGUACCGUGAUACAGACGCGGAGGUCACCUUGUUAUACUCGAUAUUCUUGAAAGGACGCGACGGACCGAAUAUACCGUGCGAACAGAACUAUAAAGAGAUUGCCGUCGCACUCUUGAUGUAUCAUCAAGAGUUGUUGCAAAGUUGCAAGCGGCGAAGCGAACGAAUUAAUUUUUAUUAAUUAAAGUAAGUAGAAGAUUUUAGAUAAUUUAAUGUAUAUAGGCCGGCACAGGGGCGUUCAUACCGCAUAUAAAGACACGUUUUCUCAUCAUUCACUGCCAAAUGUUGGAAAUUUCUUCGCAAAUGGCGAAAGACACUAAUACCAUUUCGCUCAUCUUGCCAUCUAUAAUGGUGGUCGAGUAACAGUGUAAAAUAAAGAGACAGAUUAUUUUA